UCUGGUUUGAAAACCUUGCUUCAAUCUUUCUUUCGUCUAGGGAAAGAACUACGUUCUGUUUGAUCGGUUUUCAAUUUUUCCGACGACCCUUUUCACUCACCAAGUAAAGUUUUGGUAAAUUAUACUGUUUUUGAUUGAAGCAAUUGUUAUUCUAUGGAGAAUCUACCUGUUGAAGUGAUUGGUAUCAUAUUAUCCUGUAUCGGUUCUGCUAGGGAUAUUGUGAUUGCAUCCCUAACUUGCAAAAAAUGGAGUGAAGCUUGGCACAAUCACCUCCACACUCUUUCAUUCAACACAUCUGAUUGCCCUCUAUAUAGUGAAAUUUGCUCUGGUCAUUUGCAAAUGGUCAUCACUUGUACACUUUUUCAAACCAAAGGGUUACAGUGUUUAACUAUUUUAAUGGAUGAUGAGCAUGAGUUUGCUGUGACUCCUGUCAUUGCUUGGCUUAUGUAUACAAGGGAUUCGUUGCGCGAGCUGCGUUAUAAUGUGAGGGCAUCUUUUAAUUUCAAUAUAAUUGAGAAAUGCAGCAGGCAGAGGUUGGAGGUUUUGUCGUUGGCUCGGAAUUCUAUCUCGCGCGUUGAACGGUAUCAUAAGUUUCCGUGUUUGGUUUCGUUGUCGUUGAGUUUUGUUACUGUAUCGGCGUUGGAUUUGAGUCUUCUGGUUUCUGCUUGUCCGAAGCUUGAAACUUUUUCUGUAGUUGAUCCGGAUAUCAGUAUGUCGGAUUCACAGUCUUCCUUAGAGCUUAGUAGCUCUUCUUUGAAGGAUAUCUAUGUUGAUUCAUUUGGUUGCGAUAAGUUUAUACUGGAGGCGGGUUCGCUCGAGAAACUGCAUCUUAAGGAUUGUACCUUUGAUGUAUUUGAAUUGAAUGGUAAGGGGAAACUGAAAGUGUUAAAGAUUGAUGAUGCGAGUGUGAUCCAUCUUGACAUUGGGGAUAGUACGGAGAAUCUCGAGGUUGUUGACGUGUGUAACUUCACAAUUAUGUGGCCGAAAUUCUAUCAGAUGAUCGCGAAAGCGUCGAGGUUGAAUAAUCUUAGGCUGUGGGGCGUUGUUUUUGAUGACGAGGAUGAGGUUGUUGAUAUAGAGAACAUUUCUGUUUGUUUUCCUAGACUGACUCACCUUUCCUUGAGCUAUGAUUUGAAAGAUGGAGUGCUUCAUUAUGGCUUGCAGGGUUUGUCUUUUCUGAUGAAUGUGACUGUGUUGGAACUUGGAUGGACUAUGAUCAGUGAUCUUUUCUCAGUUUGGGUGGCUGGACUCUUGGAAGGAUGUCCAAAUCUAGAAAAGUUGGUUGUUUAUGGUUAUGUUGCUGAGGUUAAAACAAUUGAAGAGUGUCAAACUUUUGCUAGAUUUUCUGAAUUCAUGGUUCAACUAGGAAAGAAAUAUAGUCAUGUAAAGUUUGAGUUUGAGUAUGAGUAGUAAGGUUCUGCUACACUCAAUUGUUGCUGUCGAAGUAUCGGUUUGAUCUCAUUCACCAAGAAGAACAUGAAGGUACUUUCAUGUCACAUGACUUUCUUGUGUCCUUUUUCUCAAGUAGCAGAAGCAUUGUUCAGUUGUAGAGUUACAGUUUCUUUUUUUGGUUUUUGAUAAGCAAGUUACAAGUUACUUGUAAA